AAACACGUCUUCUUGAAUUUCACCACAUUUUGAUACCAGCAGUCCAGCAUUGCUACUAUGGAGAGCUCAGGCGAACCCGACAGCGACCUCUAUACCAUCCCCAGUUACACCAGUAAGAACCAAUAUCACAGUCUCUCGCUCUGCUGGUUUUCGUGGAAUAGCAUUCACGAAGUAGAGAGGCUGUCGCUGAGAGAGUUCUUCGAUGGGAGCUCGAUCACACGGUCUCCCAGAAUAUACAAGGAGUACAGGGACUUCAUCAUAUUCAAGUACCGGGAGGAUUCGGACCGGAAGCUCACAUUCACAGAGGUGCGGAAAUCUCUGGUAGGAGACAUCUGUGUGCUCCAAAAGGUCUUCACGUUUCUCGAGAAGUGGGGGCUCAUCAAUUUCGACCCAAGUAAACCAGAGCCAGUUCAAGCUGGGGUAGAAGAGGAGGUGGAAGAGGAUGAGAAGUGGAGGGUUAGGGUUGAGGAAGGGGCUCCUUAUGGGGUGAGGGUUAUUGCCACUCCAAAUUCGAUUAAGCCCCUUGCUCCUCUGCCGUCCACAUUGGCUGUUGCUGCUUUUGGGGCCCAUAAUGUGGUCAAAAUGCCGCCCUUGGCAUCUUACUGUGAUGUUUAUGGUGAGUUACUGGAGCAGCAGAAAGAAUGUAUGGAGUGUGUCCACUGCAAAGAGCAGUGUGGAUCCAGGCAUUACAAACAUAUCGAGGAAGGGAGCUUUAUGUUAUGUGAAAAUUGCUUCAAUGAUGGUAAGUUUGAUAAGGAUAAAUCUGGGGAUGAUUUCAAGUUUGUUGAAAGUGGGAAUCAUCAGGUUGUCUGGACUGAAGAAGAAACUUUACUCCUAUUUGAGUCCAUUCUCAAGCAUGGAGACGACUGGGAUCUUGUUGCUGAAAACGUGAAAACAAAGACCAAACUUGAAUGCAUCUCAAAGCUUAUAGAACUGCCGCUUGGUGAUCUUAUGCUGGGUUCUGACAACAAGAAGAAUAAACUUAUGGAUUCAAAUGCCAAUGUGAAUGGUUUUGAACUGGUGCAUCCAGCUUCAAGUGAGCCCCAAGUAACUAUGGGAACAGGGCUUCAACCCAAUGACAGCGAAGAGAACAGAACCUCAGAAUGAGCCACAUAGUGGAGACUAUGUAAACCAAGGACAACCUAUGAAGAAAAGAUGCAGUCUGCCAACGAUUUCAGGACCUAGAUGUUCAUUAAUCGAGCAGGUAGCCCACAUCUCUACUGUUGUUGGUCCAUGGGUUGCCUCAUCUGCAACAGAGGCUGCUAUUACAACACUUUGCUAUGAAAACCAGUGUUCCAGGGAGAUAUUCAAUGAUAUUGAAAGUCUUGAUGAUAAAUUGAGAUCUGACCUUGUAAAUAGUGAAAACGAAAGGGAUCAUCAAGCAGAAGGGGCUGAGACUGGCAAAACAAGUUCAGAUAUAGACAACGAUAAAAGCUGCUCUCAGAAGAAGAGUACUACUAUACCUCUGAUGCUACAGAUGAGGGCUGCAACCGCUACUGCACUUGGUGGAGUUGCUGCCCACUCAAAGUUAUUGGCUGACCAAGAAGAGAGAGAAAUGGGAUAUUUAGUAUCAACUUUAAUUAAUACCCAGCUUAAGAAGUUGGAAUGCAAAAUUAAACACAUGGAAGAGCUUAAGAUGAUAAUGGAAAAUAAGCAAACGGAAAUGAAGGAAGUGGAGUCAGACCUAAUCAACGAACGAAUUGAGGCCUUGCAAAGAAUGUUUAGUAAUGGGACUGCGCCGGCCAAGCCCAGAGUUGACGUGUCUACCACAAAUAUGGUGCUGAACUCCCAGCAGUCAGAAUAGAGCAAUGCUGCUGUACUGCUUAGUGUUUAUUUUCCUUACUAGGUGUUUUUGAAAAACAAAGCGAGUUAUUUAGUAAAAUAUUCCUGAUAAUCAUACUUUCUACUACAUAGAAAACCAUUUAUGUUCCAUUUGAAUAUGUUAUUUAAUAUUUACCACAACAAUGACGUUUUAAAAAGCUCGAUUACAAUGUAGUUAGCUCAGCUUCUGAAACAUUUAGAGUCAUGUUUGGUGACCCUAAAAGUUGAUUUGAGGGAAAACUAUCAAAUGAG